UGACAAGGGCGGAACGAAGGUGGAUGCUUUUGCGGUCGGUCUUUCGCUUCGCUCGAUGCCGUGUUCGUACUCGUAUUCACGGAUGAUACUUCAACUAAUUUUGUAUGAGUAGCGAUUAUUUAUAAGUUCCGCGACAAUAAUAGUGCACGGGUUAUGUUAAAAGAUUGUUUACAGAGUGUCAGUGUCGCGGUAUCGAAUUUUUUACUAUUGACCGCAGACCCCGUAUCCUAAGUGUGAAAAUUUGUGUGUGCCGACGAGUUUAUGUGUUUGACUGUGCUGAAAUAGCAUUAAUUGGACUUUUAUUGAAAGACAUUUGAGCGUGGCGCGGUGAGGAGUGGUUGGUCGCGAUGACGACCGACAUAUCGGUGUCCCGCUGGGACCCGUCCAUCGGCCACGGCCAAGAGAUCAUCGAUGAGUUUGAGUACGACGGCGGAAAUUCAUCGUCGAGGCUCUACGAACGAUCGCGCAUUAAAGCGCUUGCAGACGAACGAGAGAGCGUACAGAAGAAGACAUUUCAAAAAUGGGUGAACUCUCAUUUAGUCCGCGUCGGGUGCCGCAUCGGCGACCUGUACGUGGACAUGAGAGACGGCAAAAUGCUGAUCAAGCUGCUGGAGGUGCUGUCUGGAGAGAGGCUGCCCCGUCCCACCAAAGGCAAGAUGCGUAUUCAUUGCCUGGAGAACGUUGACAAAGCGCUGCAGUUCCUGCGCGAACAACGCGUGCAUUUGGAGAACAUGGGCUCCCACGACAUCGUCGACGGGAACCCGAGGCUCAACCUUGGACUGAUCUGGACCAUCAUUCUGCGCUUCCAGAUUCAAGACAUAACAAUCGAAGAAACCGACAACAAAGAGACGAAAUCGGCCAAAGACGCCCUGCUCCUGUGGUGUCAAAUGAAAACCGCCGGAUACAACAACGUGAACGUGCGCAACUUCACGACGUCGUGGCGCGACGGGCUCGCGUUCAACGCGAUCAUACACAAGCACAGGCCCGAUCUGAUACAGUUCGAGAAGCUUCACAGGAGCAAUCCGAUACACAACCUGAACAAUGCGUUCAAUGUUGCUGAGGAGAAACUCGGACUCACCAAGCUGUUGGACGCUGAAGACAUCGCCGUCGACCACCCCGACGAGAAGUCGAUCAUCACCUACGUGGUCACGUACUACCACUACUUCAGCAAGAUGAAGCAGGAGACGGUGCAAGGCAAGAGGAUCGGCAAGGUGGUCGGCAUCGCCAUGGAGAACGACAAGAUGAUGCAUGAAUACGAGUCGCUCACCAGUGACCUGUUGCAAUGGAUCGAGCGUACUAUCGAAGCGUUGGGCGACAGAACCUUCGCGAACUCCCUCGAGGGCGUGCGUCAACAGCUCAUACAAUUCGCCAACUACCGCACCGUGGAAAAACCACCGAAGUUCGUGGAGAAAGGCAACCUGGAGGUGUUGCUGUUCACACUGCAGUCGCGCAUGCGCGCCGCGAACCAGAAGCCGUACACGCCGCGCGAGGGCCGCAUGAUCCACGACAUCAACCGCGCCUGGGAGCGGCUCGAGAAGGCAGAACACGAACGCGAACUCGCGCUCAGGGAGGAGCUCAUCCGCCAGGAGAAGCUCGAGCAGCUGGCCGCCAGAUUCAACCGCAAAGCUCAGAUGCGAGAGACAUGGCUGUCGGAGAAUCAGCGUCUGGUCAGCCAGGACAACUUCGGCUUCGACCUCGCCGCCGUGGAGGCAGCCGCGAAGAAACACGAGGCCAUCGAGACCGACAUCUUCGCGUAUGAGGAGCGAGUGCAAGCCGUCGUCGCGGUGUGCUCCGAACUACAGGCUGAGAGGUACCACGACAUGGAGCGCGUGUGCGCGCGGCGCGACAACGUGCUGCGGCUGUGGGCCUACCUGCUCGAGCUGCUGCGCGCCCGCCGCGCGCGCCUCGAGCUCUCGCUGCAGCUGCAGCAGAACUUCCAGGAAAUGCUAUACAUCCUUGACUCGAUGGAAGAGAUCAAGAUGCGUUUGCUGACGGACGACUACGGCAAGCAUCUGAUGGGCGUCGAAGACUUACUCCAGAAGCACGCUCUCGUCGAGGCCGACAUCAAUGUACUCGGCGAACGCGUCAAGGUGGUGGUGGGCCAGUCGCAGCGGUUCCUGGAGCAGGAGGAGGGCGGCUACCGUCCGUGCGACCCGGCCGUCACCGUCGAUCGCAUUCACCAGCUCGAGAACGCGUACGCAGAGCUUGUGCACCUCGCCGUCGAGCGCAGAAAGCGUCUGGAAGACAGCCGCAAGCUGUGGCAGUUCUACUGGGACAUGGCCGAUGAGGAGAACUGGAUCAAGGAGAAGGAGCAGAUCGUCUCCGUGGACGAUAUUGGACACGAUCUUACUACCGUGUACCUGCUGAUCUCGAAGCACAAGGCGCUGGAGGCGGACAUGCAGGCGCACGAGCCGCAGCUCAUGAGCGUCGCGGCCGUCGGCGACGAGCUCAUCUCGCAGGGACACUUCGGCGCGGACCGCAUACAGGACCGUCUCCGCGACAUUCUGUCCCAAUGGAACCACCUCCUGGACCUGGUGUCGCUGCGCAAGAACCGUCUAGACGCAGCCGUGCGCUACCACCAGUUGUUCGCCGACGCGGACGACAUCGACAACUGGAUGCUCGAUACUCUCAGAUUGGUAUCGUCGGAAGACACCGGUGUCGACGAGGCUCAAGUGCAGAGCCUGCUGAAGAAGCACAAGGAUGUCACCGACGAACUGAAGAACUACGCCAACGUCAUCCAGCAAUUGAAGCAACAGGCGCAGGAGCUGAGCCCGGAGGACGCGAGCAGCGCGGAGGUGCGCGAGCGGCUGGGCGCCAUCGACGCGCGCCACGGCGAGCUGGCCGAGCUGGCGCGCCUGCGCAAGCAGCGCCUGCUCGACGCUCUCUCGCUCUUCAAGCUGCUGGCCGAGGCCGACGCCGCCGACCAGUGGAUCGCGGAGAAGGACCGCAUGCUCGACACCAUGCUGCCGCCCAAGGAUAUCGACGAUGUUGAGAUUAUGAAACACAGAUACGAUGGGUUCGACAAGGAGAUGAACGCGAACGCGUCUCGCGUGGCGGUGGUGAACCAGCUGGCGCGGCAGCUCAUCCAUGUGGAGCACCCGCAGGCGGCGCGCAUACAGGAGCGCCAGGCCGCACUCAACAGCGCUUGGUCCUCGCUCCGUGAAAAGGCUGAAGCAAAGAAAGAUGACCUUAAAUCCGCUCAAGGCGUACAAACAUUCCACAUCGAGUGCCGCGAGACUGUCUCAUGGAUCGAAGACAAGAAGAGGAUUCUGCAGCAAACUGACAACCUCGAGAUGGACCUCAACGGCGUGAUGACGCUCCAGCGUCGCCUGUCGGGCAUGGAGCGCGACCUGGCCGCGAUCCAGGCGCGCAUCUCGUCGCUGGAGAGCGAGGCCAACGCCAUCGAAGACGAGCAUCCCGACGAGGCGCAGCUCAUCCGCGACCGCGUGCACCAGAUCAACCAGAACUGGGAUCAGCUCACGCAGAUGCUCAAAGAACGGGAUGCAAAAUUGGAAGAGGCCGGCGACUUGCAUCGUUUCUUGCGCUCAGUGGACCACUUCCAGGCUUGGCUUACCAAGACUCAGACCGACGUGGCCUCUGAAGACACCCCAUCGAGUUUGCCCGAGGCUGAGAAGCUUCUAUCGCAGCACCAGACCAUCAAGGAGGAGAUCGACAACUACAAGGACGAGUACGCCAAGAUGAUGGAGUACGGAGAGAAGAUCACGGCCGAGCCAUCGACGCAAGACGACCCGCAGUACAUGUUCUUGCGCGAGCGUCUCAAGGCCCUGCGCGAGGGCUGGGCCGAGCUGCAGCAGAUGUGGGAGAACCGCCAGCAACUCCUCGCACAGAGCCUCGAGCUGCAACUGCUGCAGCGCGACGCGAGACAGGCUGAGGUGCUGCUGUCUCACCAGGAGCACAGGCUAGCAAAGACCGAACCACCGACCAACUUGGAACAAGCCGAAAACUUGAUCAAGGAACAUGAGGCCUUCCUCACUACCAUGGAAGCUAACGACGAUAAGAUCAACUCCGUGGUGCAGUUCGCCAACCGUCUGGUCGAAGAGAGACAUUUCGAUGCCGAUAAGAUUCAGCGCAAGGCCGAAAGCAUCGAGGCCAGGCGUAAUGCCAACCGCGAGAAGGCUUUGCAACAGAUGGAGAAACUUCAAGACCAGUUGCAGCUCCACCAAUUCCUUCAGGAUUGUGACGAACUCGGUGAAUGGGUGCAGGAGAAGAAUGUCACCGCUCAAGACGACACAUACCGUUCCGCCAAGACUAUCCAUUCUAAAUGGACCCGCCAUCAAGCCUUCGAAGCCGAAAUUGCCGCUAACAAGGAGCGUCUUUUCGCCGUUCAGAACGCUGCUGAGGAGCUCAUGAAACAGAAACCCGAAUUCGUCGAAAUCAUUUCACCGAAAAUGCACGAACUACAAGACCAGUUUGAAAACCUGCAGACAACAACCAAGGAAAAGGGCGAGCGCUUGUUCGAUGCCAACAGGGAAGUGCUUCUGCACCAGACUUGCGACGACAUCGACUCGUGGAUGAACGAACUCGAAAAGCAAAUCGAGAACACAGACACUGGCACCGACCUUGCUUCUGUAAACAUUCUUAUGCAGAAACAGCAGAUGAUCGAAACACAGAUGGCGGUCAAAGCCAAGCAAGUCACCGAGCUCGAGACUCAGGCUGAAUACUUGCAGAAGACCGUGCCCGAUAAGAUGGAAGAGAUCAAGGAAAAGAAAAAGUGCGUCGAACAGAGAUUCGAGCAGUUGAAGGCUCCAUUGUUGGAGCGCCAACGCCAAUUGGCGAAGAAGAAGGAAGCAUUCCAGUUCCGUCGCGAUAUCGAGGAUGAGAAAUUGUGGAUCCACGAGAAGAUGCCGCUAGCUACUAGCACCGAUUACGGUAACUCGUUGUUCAACGUACAAAUGCUUCAGAAGAAGAACCAGUCGUUGAAAACGGAGACUGACAAUCACGAACCCAGGAUCUUGACCGUCAUCUCCAAUGGACAGAAGCUGAUUGACGAGGGACACGAGGCAGCGCCCGAGUUCAAGCAGCUUAUCGAUGAACUUACCGCGAGGUGGCGAGAACUUAAGGAUGCCAUCGAGCAACGCAAGAACAACCUGUCCCAAUGGGAGAAGGCACAGCAGUACUUGUUCGAUGCCAAUGAGGCGGAGGCGUGGAUGAGCGAACAGGAGUUGUACAUGAUGGUCGAGGACCGCGGCAAGGACGAAAUCUCUGCACAGAACCUCAUGAAGAAGCACGAGAUAUUAGAGCAGGCGGUCGAUGACUACGCGCAGACUAUACGCCAGUUGGGAGAGACGGUGCGGCAGUUGACUAGCGAGGAGCAUCCAUUGAGCGAACAAAUCUCAGUAAAACAGUCGCAAGUGGACAAACUGUACGCGGGUCUGAAGGACCUGGCCGGUGAGCGACGCGCCAAGCUGGACGAGGCGCUGCGGCUGUUCCAGCUGUCGCGCGAGGUGGACGACCUCGAGCAGUGGAUCACCGAGCGCGAGCUGGUCGCCAGCUCGCAGGAGCUCGGGCAAGACUACGACCAUGUUACGCUUCUCUGGGAGCGUUUCAAGGAGUUCGCGCGCGAGACCCAAUCUGUGGGCUCGGAGCGCGUGGCCACGGCGGAGCGCAUAGCCGACCAGAUGAUCGCCAUGGGCCACUCCGACAACGCCACCAUCGCGCAAUGGAAGGAGGGCCUCAAGGAGACCUGGCAAGACCUGCUCGAGCUUAUCGAGACCAGGACUCAGAUGUUGGCCGCUUCCCGCGAGCUGCACAAGUACUUCCACGACUGCAAGGACACGCUGCAGCGCGUCAACGAGAAGGCGCGCGGCGUCAGCGACGAGCUCGGCCGCGACGCCAUCAGCGUCGGCGCGCUCCAGCGCAAGCACUACAACUUCAUGCAGGACCUCAGCACGCUGCAGCAGCAGGUGGAGGCGAUCUCCAGCGAGUGCGCGCGACUGGGCGCGUCGUAUGCGGGCGACAAGGCGGCGGAGAUCACGCGGCGCGAGGCGGAGGUGGCGGACGCGUGGGCCGCGCUGCACGCCGCCUGCGCCGCGCGCAAGGCCAAGCUCGAGGACGCCGACGACCUCUACCGCUUCCUCAACCAAGUGCGCAACCUCACGCUCUGGAUGGACGACGUCGUGCGCCAGAUGAACACCGGAGAGAAACCUCGAGACGUAAGCGGAGUGGAACUCCUCAUGAAUAACCACCAAUCUCUAAAAGCGGAAAUCGACACGCGCGAGGACAAUUUCUCAGCGUGCAUCUCUCUCGGCAAAGAACUGUUGGCGCGUCAACACUACGCGUCAGCUGACAUCAAAGACAAGCUGCUGCAGCUCACCAACCAGCGCAACGCGUUACUGCGCCGCUGGGAGGAGCGCUGGGAGAACUUGCAGCUUAUUCUGGAGGUGUACCAGUUCGCGCGCGACGCGGCGGUGGCGGAGGCGUGGCUGAUCGCGCAGGAGCCGUACCUGAUGUCGCAGGAGCUCGGCCAUACUAUCGACGAGGUGGAGAGCCUCAUCAAGAAGCACGAGGCCUUCGAGAAGUCCGCCGCCGCGCAGGAGGACAGGUUCAGCGCGCUGCAGCGCCUCACUACGUUCGAAGUGAAGGAGAUGAAGCGUCGCCAGGAAGCUGCAGAGGCGGCGGAGAGAGAGAAGCGCGAGCGGGAGGCCGCCGAGGCCGCCGCCGCCGCCGCCGACCAGCCCGACGCCACCGACACGCAGCACGAACAGCCGCCGCCGCAAGUCGUAAGGAGAACGUCCACUAAAGCGGCUGAGAAGGCCCAAGAGCGACCGCAUUCCCAGCCAGAGGCGAGCCCCCCCGCCCCAGCCCCCGCCCCCGCUUCGUCCCCGCACCCCCCGUCGCCCGCGCCGGCGCCGGCGGGCCCGCCCGCGGACUCCCCGCCCCGACCGUCCACGUCGAAACAGACGCCGGUCAAACCCGCACGCCUCUCCACGCCCGGGACGAGCUCCACACCGGCGACACCGUCGACUUCCGGUAAGGUGAAGUCGCGGUCACGAAGCAAGUCACCGUUCAGGAGUUUCCGAUGGCGCACGGCUAAGAAACUGCUCGCCGGAUCCCACCACAGCGACGACGAAGAGGGUGCCAGCCCCGCCAGCGAGGACGAAGGCGUCGAGGGAACGCUCGUACGCAAGCACGAGUGGGAAUCCGCCGCGAAACGGGCUUCCAACAGAUCGUGGGAUAAACUGUACGUGGUGGCCAAGGACGGGCGCAUGUCGUUCUACAAGGACCAGAAGGCGUACAAGGCGUCGCCCGAGCAGUAUUGGCGCGGUGAGACUCCUCUGGACCUUAAUGGCGCCGUCGUCGAGGUCGCUGCUAACUACACUAAGAAGAAGCACGUGUUCCGGCUCAGACUGUCGUCGGGCGCGGAGUUCCUGCUGCAGGCGCACGACGAGGCGGAGAUGUCGUGGUGGCUGGAGGCGCUGCGCGCGCGCACGCUGGCGCCGGCCGCGCGCUCGCACACGCUGCCCGCGCCCGCCAACCAGGAGCCCAAGCGACGCUCCUUCUUCACGCUCAAGAAGAAGUCAGUCACGCUCCUCACCUCGCUAUACGCGCCCUAGCGCUCCCACUACUCUACCCAACGCAUGACGCAUCUAAAGAAGCCGAGGCCGAGUGGGGCCGGAGAGCGCCGGACAGCGCCGGAGACAGCGGCGCCCUCGCCGCGCGUGCAGUACGCGUGCGUACGAGCGUGCACGCGCGCGUCGACGGGCGCGUCCUUCUCAACACGCUUGCUGCUCGAAGCUUUGCCAACGACGAACCCGCGCCACUAUAGACUGGCAGACCUAAAUCUUACUAACAUUAUAUUAUUUUUGUUGCGUACAAAAAGAAACGUUAUUUGAGACUGUUCCGUAUUUGAGUGUUUGAAUUCGCCUUUGUCUAUACGUAUAUUUAUUGUUCGAUUGCUGUAUCGAAAGUUUUAAAAUAAGAUUUACAUCUUCACGUAUGUCCCGCGAAAGUGUAGUUGUUAUGAUACGGUUGAAUAAAAUGAAUAUUAUUUAAAAUAAAAAAAUAAAAAUUAUAAAUGCGACGCUAUUUAUAAAUAGAUGACUUUUAGUGUUUAAAUUCAGAUUGAGAAAAUAUAUAUAAUAUCAUAUAUAUAUUUUAAUUAUUUAUAUAUAAAAUGGAGCUAGUGUAAUGUACAUUCAGUUGAACUAGAAAUGUAUGUCGUACGUUUCAAUUUCUCUUUGAAAAUGUUUUUAAAUGUUUGACCAAGUUGAUGUCAUUUGACAGAUUUAUCUGAUUCGAUAUUGUAAACUUAGCUAAUAAUCGGAUAACCGCAUUUACAUUCAAUAGGAUUCCCAGUGGAUUGACGUUUUAAUCAUAUCGACUGCUUUGCUACACAAGAGCAAUACGAUGUAUGUAACUUAAGCUACGUAAUUGUAUUAGAUUUAAUUUCCAUCAUAAAGUGUCUUCUUGAGUGGCGGCGGUCCCUCUGUCCGUCAGCAGCGCUCGCAUUUAUAUCAUCAGUAGAUGUUAGGACGCCAGGGGACGCUAGGGGACGGCAGGGGAUGGCAGGUGACGGCACGCGGCCAGCGAGACCGCCGCCUACAUUUAUAUUAAUACAAGAUGUAAGUAUGCUUGUACGCCUCAUAAGUGCUUCUAUAAAAUGUCUUUUAUUAAUAAAAAAAUAUAUAUUUAAUUUAACUGCCAAUGUUCACAAAUUGUUAUUUUUUUUCUCUUCCUAUGCAAUACGUAUAUCAAAAGUACACAUCUAUAAAUGUAACGAUGACACAUUUUUAGUUCUGUCUACGUAUAUGGUAUGGUUGGGGUGCGCUAGUGUGGUGGUAUGGUGGUGUGUGUGUCAGAUUCGUCGUACACCACCGCGCUCUCACACUAACGCGCGCCGAACUAUGUUUAAAUAUUUUAUUUUUAAAUUUUACUUUUUUGAUGAAAAUAUAAUAAAUGAUGUUUUCAAAUAAA